CGUGUACUUCCUUGAAGGGCGGUGCACUACUUUCAGGAAACAAGUGUGAAAGUAAAUAGCAUAUUAUCAAAGCUGGACAAUUUGUCGAAUCUGUCACCAAUAAAGACAGGCUAGAGUCGCACAAAAGCGGUCAUGGAGUCGAGUGCUUACGGUGCAUCGCUGGCCGGUGGAGCCUUUGAUUUGGGGAGCUUUAUAAAACAACCUCAGACUAUCGUCCGGCUGUUCAGUUGGCUCUUCUCCAUAGUGGUGUUUGCUACCAUCCUUUCCGAAGGCUACAUCAAUGAGCCGAAUAUCCAGGACACUAAAUGCAUGUUCAAUCAGACUGAAAGUGCUUGCAACUAUGGAGUUGGUGUUGGGAUUUUAGCUUUCCUGGCCUGUGUUGUCUUUAUUGUGCUGGAUGCCUUAUUCCACCAGAUCAGCAAUGCCAGAGAGAGGAAAUACAUUGUCUUGGGUGAUCUUGUUUUCUCUGGUGUGUGGACGUUCCUGUGGUUUGUGUGUUUCUGCCUCCUAGCCAACAAGUGGUCUAAUACUACAGGCAAAGGUGUCCCAGCUGAUGCAGCUCGAGCUGUGGUGGCCUUUUCCUUCUUCUCCAUUGCCACCUGGGCAUUGCUUACUGUGUUCGCAUUUCGACGAUACCGCCAAGGGCUGGUCGAUGUUGGCCUAGGCUACAACGAUCCAGUCAGCGACCACACUUCCCCAUACCCCUCCGCCUAUUCUGGCCCUCCAGAGGGUUACCAGCAGUCCCCGUUCACCCCCAGUUCUUCAGGAGAGGGCGGGUAUCAGCCUCCAGCAUACUGAAGGCAUUUUAAACACGUCUGAAAGGCUCACCUGUGUGGACUGAUUCAUACGCUCCACUUCAUAUUUCUUUUUCCAUAUAAGAGUUUAAAUUGUGACCUGGGAUUGACACUUGGUGUGUAUUUUCAUGUUUGAAAAAGUUAUUUAUUUUUUAUUUUGUUUGGAUGCAAAUACUAAACGUAACUCUAAGUGCAAACAAUAGAGUUUUUCUCCCACAAAAUUACAUUCUGACAAACACCAGCUGCCAUUUUUACAUUGAUGAAACAGAUAGUUGCUCUAUUCCAUGUCCUAAAUACACAAUCACAUAAAGUGAGAAAGUCUUUACCAUAACUACAGAAUUAAUAUGCAUUGGUUUCUUUAAAGGUAGGUUUGUUUGUUUCCAUACCGUACCGUCUUUAGAGAAGAAAUCUAAACAACAGAAAGUGAACAGACUCUAUGUGCCAAAUACAUUACCACAAUGAAGUAAUUCCUUAAAAACACAGCAUUGCCAUAUAUCACAUUUGUUGAAAAGUAUGCACUUAAUCUACUGCCAAACGGCUUUAUUAACUGAGAAUGUUGAGGCUGAAAUAGAUAUCUGAUGAAUAGUUAGAUUGAUGUCGUGAGGCAGGAAACUACUGUAAACACGUGCUUUAAUUUUAUUUGUGACAGACAAUAGGCUUUGUGUGGAUAAGCCUUAUUUUUUGUAAACUUUAAGCACCUGAGUUUUGAAGUGUUAAACAAUCAUAAAGUGUAAUAUUGUUGAUGACUUCUAGCAGUUUACCUUUAAAAUGUGUUCUUUAUUACAGGCCAAAUUCACUGCAAGAUUUCUACCUCUUCCUAUUGAAAUUGUGCCUUAUUUUGAAAAUAAUAUCUAGGAAUUGAAAUUCAGUGACUGUUUUAGACCACUUUUCUUCAUUUUCUUCAUUUUCCUAAAAUUAACAAAGGAAAAAACUAGAAUAACAAAUAAUCAAUCGAAGUUGGCCACUAAAUUGAACUUUUUUUGAAUAUAGUUGUGUUUUGCUUAAGGUAGAGACAUUUCUUUUAUUUCCACAGUUCUGUUAUCGCACAUAAUUGUUUUGUCUUUCUGAUGAUUUACUUGGCAACUGAUAUUGCAACAGCAGUUAUUGCAACAUUAUCUUUCUUUUUUUUUUUCGUAAGGAAAUGCUGCGUAAUAAACAGUUGAUUCUUUCCAUGUUAACAAAUA